AGUUAACUGGCUCGACAGGCACCACCUCGGCGCGGGGUCUGCGAAUUGUCUGAGAGCUGUUGUCUCCUCUGGUCGUGAUUGAGCACUAGCUCUUUGGCCUCAACAUGCACGUAGCACGCCUUUUCCAGUCCUCAAGUCUCCAGUGGGCUUGGAGGGCAGCCUUCCUGAAACACAACCAGCGUGGGCCCCAGGGAGCCUGGCGGUGGACACAUUCUGGAGGCAGUCCCUACAGAGCAGUCAUUUUUGACAUGGAUGGAGUUCUCAUUCCUUCUUCAGGGAGACUGGCUGCAGGAUGGGAGGUACAGAAUCACAUCCCUUCCGGAACUAUCCUGAAGGCCUUCAUCUCAGGUGGUGAAAAUGGGCCCUGGAUGAAAUUUAUGAGAGGAGAGAUGACAAUAGAGACCUUCUUACAAGAAUUUGGGAGACUCUGCUCUGAAACUGCAGAGUCCCGUGUGCCCGUGGGCUCCUUUUUCUCUCUGCUGACCAGCGAGCAAGUGGCGAAGCAGUUCCCGGUGAUGACUGAGGCCAUAACUCAAAUUCGGGCAAAAGGACUUAAGACUGCAGUCUUGAGCAAUAACUUUUAUCUUUCCAAUGGCCAAAGCUUUUUGCCUCUGGACCGGAAACAGUUUGAUGUGGUUGUGGAGUCCUGUCUGGAAGGUGUCUGUAAGCCGGACCCCAGGAUAUACAAGCUGUGCUUGGAGCGGCUCGGCCUGCAGCCUUCCGAGUCCAUCUUUCUCGAUGACCUUGGGCAGGACCUCCAAGUGGCUGCCAGCCUGGGUAUGCACACCAUCAAGGUUAAUGACCCAGAGGCUGCAGUAAAGGAAUUAGAAACUCUUUUGGGUUUUACCUUGAGAACUGUUGUUCCAAACACUCAUCCUGUGAGAAACACAAUGGAAAUUCCCAAAGAUUCCUUGGAGAAGUACCUCAAAGACUUGCUGGGGACCCAAACCACAGGCCCAUUGGAACUCCUUCAGUUUGAUCACGGGCAGUCAAGUCAAACUUACUACAUCAGGCUGGCUGACCAGCAGCUGGUUCUGAGGAGGAAAACCCCAGGGACACUCCUUCCAGCCGCCCACGCGUUAGAGAGGGAAUUCAGGGUAACGAAGGCCCUGGCAGAGGCUGGAGUGCCUGUCCCCAGAGUUCUCGACCUCUGCAAGGAUUCAAGGAUCAUUGGCACACCUUUCUACUUGACGGAGUACUGCCCAGGUCUCGUCUACAAAGACCCCACUCUGCCAGGCUUGGAGCCCAGCCAGAGGCGGGCCAUAUACACUGCCAUGAACAGAGUCUUGUGCAAAAUUCACAGUGUGGACUUCAAGGCUAUGGGCCUAGAAAACAACGGGAAACAUGGGGACUACAUCGCGUACCAGGUGCGAACCUGGAUUAAGCAGUAUCGAGCCUCAGAAACCAGCACCAUCCCGGCCAUGGAGCGGCUCAUCGAGUGGCUGCCGCUUCACCUUCCUAGGCAACAGAAGAUCACCGUGGUUCAUGGGGACUUCAGGCUGGACAACCUGCUGUUCCAUCCAGAAAAUACCGAGGUGCUUGCUGUCUUUGACUGGGAACUUUCUACCUUGGGUGACCCCCUUGCAGAUGUGGCCUACAGCUGCGUGGCUCACUACCUGCCUCCCGAGUUCCCCUUACUGCCAGGUUUGGGUGGCCGAGAUCUGACCCAGCUGGGCAUCCCUGCUGCAGAGGAGUAUUUCCAGAUGUACUGCUCUCACAUGGGGAUCCCUCCCGUCGAGAACUGGAACUUCUACAUGGCUUUCUCCUUUUUCCGAGUGGCUGCCAUCACACAGGGAGUCUACAGGGGCUCACUCACAGGGCAAGAAAGCUCAGAAGCUGCUGAACACAUUGGAAAGCUGCCUGAAUUCCUAUCUGAGCUGGGCUGGGAGUUCGCAGUCAAAGAAGGGUUCCGGGUCUUCAACAAGAUGCCAGCCGCGAAGCCGGCAGUGGGUUCCUACCACACGCAGGCUGGCCCACGGUCCCUGGUGGGCAUGCCAGGAACCAGGAAUUUUAGCUCCCUUCCGGAAUCUUCCUCAGCCCGCUCCUCAAAGGGAGCUCUGGUCAUCUCUCCGGAGGGCCUUUCCCCACAGGCCAGGGAGCUCUGUCGGUGGCCGGAGCAGUUCAUGGAACGACACAUGUGCUCCGCAGAGCCAGAGCUGUGGGGUCACCAGGCCUCGGUGGAGAGACGGACCCCUUCCCCCCUGGUCGAAGAUCUCAAGGAGAAAGCCAAGGCCAAAGGACUUUGGAAUCUCCUCCUACCCUUGGAGAUUGACCCCGAGGGAAAAUAUGGAGUAGGGCUGACCAAUGUUGAGUACGCACAUCUGUGUGAACUCACAGGCAUUCACCAUUAUGCUUUUUUUCCUUUUCGGAUACUUAACUGUUCUGCUCCAGACACAGGGAACAUGGAGCUUCUGGUGCGCUAUGGCACUGAGGAGCAGAAGGCCCGCUGGCUGGUCCCGCUGCUGGAGGGAAAGGCCCGCUGCUGCUUCGCUGUGAUGGAGCCCCAGGUUGCCUCGUCGGACGCCACCAACACUGAGUCUUCCAUCAGAGAGGAGGAUGGCUUCUAUGUCAUAAAUGGCCACAAGUGGCAGAUCUCAGGCGUCCUGGAUCCUUGCUGCCAACUCUGUGUGUUCCUGGGAAAAACAGACCCGCAUGCCCCAUGCCGCCGCCGGCAGUCCAUGCUCUUGGUUCCCAUGGAUACUCGGGGAAUAAACGUCAUUCGGCUUCUGACAGUGUAUGGGCUGGAGGAUGUGCCAGGAGAUGAGACAAAAUCUGAGAUAAGGAGGCCACUCAAGGCAGAGGCAGGAAGUGCACUCCAAACCACCUCUCGAUUCCAGCCGACAGCUGGCCUGCAGGCCUGCCGAAGACACUCAUGUUUCCUUCUGGUGCUUCCAAGGGAUCACUACAUUGUUAGAGUCCACACUCUCAGGAAAUUUCUCAAGCCAACCCUUGAGACCAAACAAAUGCCUCACAAAAAACUACACAAAGAUAAAAAGCAGUCCAAGAGAGAGAAAGGGAGAAAGAAAGGGGGAAACAUCAAUGUGUGGUUGCCUCUCACUCACCCCCUACUGGAGACCUGGUCUGCAACCCAGGUGAAGCCCCACGUGGCCUUCGGGAAGCCCCUGGUGGAGCAGGGCACGAUCCUGGCAGAUGUUGCCCAAUCGCCCGUAGAGAUUGAGCAGGCCCGGCUGCUGGUGUUAAAAGCUGCCCACCUCAUGGAUGUGGCAGGGAAUAAGGCUGCAGCUUUAGACAUUGCCAUGAUUAAAAUGGUGGUCCCAUCCAUGGCAUACCAAGUGAUUGACUGUGUUAUUCAGGCCUUUGGAGCAGCAGGGCUGAGUCGUGACUACCCUCGGGCUCAGUUCUUCGCCUGGGCCCGAGUGCUGGGCUUUGCCGACAGCCCCGAUGAGGUGCACCAGGCAGUGGUGGCCAAGGUGGAGUUGAAGCGUCACAUUUAGGCCGGCAGGCCUGCAGGAGCCAGAACGCCCCUACCAGACCGAGAUGCCCAGGUGUGAAACAACGCACCGUGAAAGGCCUGGUGUGUCUGAUUCGUGCACCUUGUUGCAGUUGUGUACUGGGACUGUCAUUGUGAGCACAGCCUUUUUGGGUCCUCACAACUGGCAUUUCUGUGACAAGCUUGAGUUCGCUGUUUCAGCCGAGUAGGAAGGGACAGAGCCCAUGAAGCUGGACUUUGGUUUCCAGGCUGGGCAGGCAGCCCACGUGCCCUGUCUCUGGCGGUGGCGUGUUGAGGUUGUGGGAAGCUGAACAAAUAUUAGGAGCAUUGCUGGGUACUGUGCCUGUGUUUGCUCCUGACGGGGCUUCCUGGUCUGUGGGCCCUUCCCCUUGAGGGGAGCGGCGGCCCUGAAGGGCUGCACCUGAAGACCCUGGCCCAGUGCAGCUGGGAAACCGAAAUCAUGAAGCUGCUGCCAUCUGAUUUUCUUCUGAAUUUCCACAUCAUCGAACACUAAUUAUGACAUUAUUUUGGAAUGGGGCUUUGGGAACACAAAAGGAUAAGAAAAUAUAUCUCAAGAGACUUCAUGAAUGUCUUUACAUCAUUCAGAAGGAAUUGGGAAUAAAGGUUCCCACUUCAGUCCCUCUGUCUUGGUGCGUCACUUGUCUCUUCACGUAUGUUUACACAGGAUUCUGCUCAGUCAUCGGCUCAUGAAGGUGGGGGGCCCCGACGCUGUCAUCUCUGGAAGUUCACCAGGAUGAAGAAGGAAUAAAGAAGGAUGAGAGCCA